ACAUCAUCCCUUUGAUCUUUUUCCCCUGUAAGGGAAUGCAAAUAUCAGAGGCCAAAACGAUAAGAAAGAUAUUUUUACGGUCUCACAUUCUUUCUUUCAGUUUUCCAGCAAACAAAUAUCCUUUUUCCCCCCUUUAUCUCUCUGCAAACGUAAACUCUCCAUUUUCCGCUCUGUUGCAGAGCAAUUAGCACUCUAAUAUAGCUUUUCUUUGUUAGCUAAACUUCCAUUCAUAUACCUUCAAUAUAGUUGCUAUUGUAGUUAAGGAGUAUUUAUUCACAUGGCCGCUUUCAGCGCAAUUUCACUGUGUCCGUACAAAAUGUGUCAUCAGUUAAACCCUAGAAAGGGUUAUAUUUCUUGCUAUACUCCUUCUUCUACUAUAGGUGUCCGCGGAUCAAAAGGUCCUCGUAAAAGACCUCCAAAAAUGGAGGGUACUGGAAGAAGCAUCGACGAUUCUGUCCAACGAAGGAUGGAACAAUUCCAUGAAGGGUCUGAUGGCCCACCUUUACGUGUUCUUCCUAUUGGUGGUCUGGGAGAAAUUGGGAUGAAUUGCAUGCUUGUUGGAAAUUAUGAUCGUUAUAUUCUUAUUGAUGCUGGAAUAAUGUUCCCAGGCUAUGACGAGCCUGGUGUCCAGAAGAUUAUUCCUGACACAACAUUCAUUAAGAAAUGGAGCCACAAAAUUGAAGCAGUUAUUAUAACCCAUGGACAUGAAGACCACAUUGGUGCGCUGCCAUGGGUAAUUCCUGCUCUGGAUUCUCAUACACCGAUUUUUGCAUCGUCGUUCACAAUGGAGCUAAUUAAGAAGCGAUUGAAGGAGUUUGGGAUAUUUGUUCCAUCUAGGCUUAAGGUAUUUAAAACAAGAAGGAAAUUUACGGCUGGGCCCUUUGAGGUAGAACCUAUAACGGUUACCCAUUCUAUUCCAGAUUGUAGUGGAAUAGUAUUACGUUGUUCUGAUGGUACCAUCCUCCAUACAGGUGACUGGAAGAUAGAUGAGUCACCACUCGAUGGGAAGGUUUUUGACCGUGAGGCCCUUGAGGAACUCUCAAAAGAAGGUGUUACUUUGAUGAUGAGUGAUUCAACAAAUGUCCUUUCCCCUGGAAGGACACUCAGUGAAACUGUAGUUGCAGAUUCGUUGCUGAGGCACAUUUCGGCUGCAAAAGGAAGGGUUAUCACUACUCAGUUUGCAUCAAAUAUUCAUCGUCUUGGCAGUGUGAAAGCUGCAGCUGACUUGACUGGCAGAAAGCUGGUAUUUGUUGGCAUGUCCUUGAGGACAUAUCUUGACGCUGCAUGGAAAGAUGGGAAAGCACCAAUCGACCCAUCAACUCUGGUAAAGGUGGAAGAUAUUGAUGCUUAUGCCCCAAAAGAUUUGUUGAUUGUGACAACAGGUUCUCAAGCAGAACCACGUGCUGCGUUGAAUCUUGCGUCAUAUGGAAGUAGUCAUUCCCUCAAAUUAAACAAAGAAGAUCUAGUUUUAUAUUCAGCCAAGGUGAUUCCUGGUAAUGAUACCCGGGUGAUUCAAAUGUUGAACCGGAUAUCAGAUAUAGGAUCAACUAUAGUGAUGGGAAAGAAUGAGCUGCUGCAUACAUCCGGCCAUGCUCAUCGUGAAGAGCUGGAAGAAGUGUUAAGGAUUGUGAAGCCACAACAUUUUCUUCCAGUCCAUGGCGAGCUCUUAUUCCUUAAAGAGCAUGAAUUAUUGGGGAAAUCAACUGGAAUUCGGCAUACAACUGUUAUCAAGAAUGGAGAGAUGCUUGGAAUCUCUCAUUUGAGGAACAGAAAAGUUCUAUCCAAUGGUUACAUUUCCCUGGGGAAGCAAAAUUUGCAGUUGAUGUAUAGUGAUGGCGACAAAGCAUUUGGUACAGCUGCUGAACUUUGUAUUGAUGAGAGACUAAGAAUUGCUUCCGAUGGUAUUAUAGUGAUCAGUAUGGAAAUAUUACGUCCUCAAUCCACGGAUGGUAUGACAGAGAAAGCUUUGAAAGGAAAAAUAAGAAUCACCACACGAUGCUUGUGGCUUGACAAAGGGAAACUUCUGGAUGCGCUUCAUAAAGCUGCACAUGCUGCACUGUCAAGCUGUCCAUUGAAUUGCCCAUUGUCGCACAUGGAAAGAACUGUGUCUGAAGUUCUUAGGAAAAUGGUCAGGAAAUACAGUAGUAAAAGACCUGAGGUUAUUGCCGUUGCCUUUGAAAAUCCUGCAGGAGUCCUGGCUGAUGAAAUCAAUGGAAAACUUUCUGGAAAAUCACAUGUAGGUUUUGGAAUUUCAGCACUGAAGAAUGUGUUGGAUGAAGAUCAGAAAAGAAGACAGGCAAGUGGGGCAAGUGCAGAAGAAGGCAAUGGCCAUGGCUAUCCAAUUGAUGAUGCAGCUGAGCAAGUGAAAGGUGAUGAUAUGGAUAUUGAGAGACUUACGCACGACGGAGCAACUACUUCAAGCUCAAACUCGCUGGAUGAAUAUUCUCCCGCUCAGGUAUUAUUAGAUGACUCUUCAAAGUCUUUUGUAUCAUCAUCACUACUUGGUCAGUUAAAAGAAGGUAAGUUUGGUGCUUCAACACAGGAGGAAUCAGAAUCGUCCAGAAAAGAAAGCAUUCAAAUUGAUUCUGGCUUUCCACAAUCUAUGAUGAAAUCUUCCAAGCCUUUGAAGAGAAACAGAUGGAAACAUGAGGAAAUAAAGAAAUUGAUUAAAUUGCGCGGGGAACUCCACAGCAGGUUCCAAGUUGUUCGGGGACGAAUGGCACUAUGGGAAGAGAUAUCUUCAAAUUUACUAUCUAUUGGAGUCAAUCGAAGUCCUGGACAGUGUAAAUCUCUCUGGGCUUCUCUGGUUCAAAAGUAUGAGGAAAACAAGAGUGACAAGAAAAGCCAGGAAAAAUGGCCUUAUUUUGAGGAGAUGAGUAAAAUCUUGUCUGAUUUGGAGGCAACGGCCCAGAAAUGAUUGCAUAUGUGUACUUAAGGGUAGUGUUUGUGGAGGCAAUUCUUCAUUGGCGGGAUAUGGAAUUUGGAUACUGAGAUUUAUCCAAAAAUACUAACGCGCCCUUAACAUAAAAGAAUCCGGAUCAAGACUUCAGCAUUUGUCCUGGUCGAUAAGCUGUUGCACAAGCUCUUCAUAUGAAAGCCAAGGCAGGGAAGUGGUUGAUUUAUUAGGGGUCCUUAUAUGCUGGGGAAGGACUGGUAAAUUCUGCAAUGUCUUUUAGUGAUUUUAGGGGUUGAAAGUUUGUUAUGCUGGUAAUAUUUUUGGAGUGGAUACAGUUGGAAGUGGUUCUAAAGUUGUCGAGAUUUUGAUGGUAAGAGUUGGCAUACGAUUGAUUUUGGGUACUUGUAGGGUAGUAGACACUAUUGAUUGUGUAUUGCAUGUUGUACCAACUAUAUCAUUGAAUGUGUUGAAGAUGGGAUGUAGGAAUAUUGCUUUAUCAAGGAAAAGGUAAAAGGCGAUAAUUUAUAGAACAAUUGCUCCAAAUUAAUUAAUUCUUGGUACUGUAA